AUGGAACAAGUCCUCGCCCUCCACAAAAGCACCGGCCAAACCGGCGCCGUAAACACCAUCCUCCUCCCCACAUUCCAAAUCUACACCCCUCUCCUCCUCGCCAACAAGGCCACCAUCCUCUCCACCCCACGCACAGAACACUCCUACGGUCCUCACCCCCGGCAAAAGCUGGACGUCUAUCUCCCCCCCCGCGCCGACACGUCCAGCGCUCCCAUCCUAGUAUUCUACUACGGCGGCGGCCUGACGCGGGGCGAUAAACUAAGUCCCGCCCUGCCGGACGGGUUGGUAUAUCAUAACCUCGGGACGUUCUUCGCACAACGCGGGAUCGUGACGGUGAUUCCGGAUUAUCGACGGGUGAACUCGGCGUUUGGGGGGGAGGAUGCGGUGUUUCCCUCGGGCGGGGAGGAUGUCGCGUUGUCGUUGAAGUGGGUGGAGGAGAAUCUUGUUGGGGAGGGGGGGGAGAGGGAGGUGGUUACGAUGGGGAAUUCGGCGGGGGGUGUGCAUACGCUUACUUUCCUCCUUGAGGAUCAGUUUCAGGAGCAGAGAGGGGGGUAUGUUCAGGGAACGGGGAAGUUGGUUUUGAAAGGUGCGAUUCAGUUAUCUGCCCCAACGCAUUUUGGGAGAGCGGAGGAUCAGGAGAGGAUGGAUAUGCUGAAGGUUUACUUUGGGGAGUUGGAAAAGUCCAAAGAGCAUUCUGCGUUGAGUCUUUUGCAGGGGUUCAAGGAUAGGGGAGUGAAGAAGGAGGAUGUGGGUCUUCCAAAGAUUUUGGGUGUGGUGGGCGAUCUGGAUGCGGAAGACGAGAUUGUUAGCACGAUGAGGGAGUUUCAGGAGUUGUGGAAGGAGACAUGGGGGGAGGGGAUUGAAGAGAAGAUUAUCCCGGGUCACAAUCAUAUAAGCCCUCCUUGGGCAUUGUUAGCGGGCGAAAAGGAGGGCGAGAAAUGGGGCGAGGAUAUAGCGAAGUGGAUUAAAGAAUGA